CGAAGCAACCAGCGGUUACCGCUUGUAUACAAUGAACAACACUUCGUGACAGUUUCCAGCGUCAACUCCUCUUCGUCAAGUCAUCAAGUUCAAAUUUUACUCUACCACUAUUUAUCGUGACGAUAAUAAAAAUAUUUUCAAUGAGUUUAGCAAAGAAUUCCUGAAUCAGUAUUUAGUCAGAAUUAUUUGCUCCAAACCGUGAUCUAAAUGUCUUGUUGAAUGAUAGAAAUAAUACUCGGUGAUUAUAAAAUAGUCUGCUGAUGGGUUAUUAAGAACAGCGCUGUCAUUUCCAUGGAGAAACAUUAAAAGCGUAAAAAAAUGGUAAUGCAGAAGAUGGACAGCAAGAUGAAUUCAACCACAAUUUGCAGAUCAGCGUCUACUAGUUUAAAGAAUCGGAAGCAAUAUAAACCUCAAGUUUGCACUAAUACGUUCAAAAAUGUCUGUGUUCGAACCCCUGUACGUAAAACGGGACCCUCUGAUGGAAGGGAGUUCGGUAAAGGUUCGGGUAGAGGCAGGGGACGGAUGCAAGUAACAACAUUGAAGACGAAAUUGCCGGCUCCAAGAAUUUUGACGCAAGAGGAAUACGAAGAGCUUCGGAAAUGCACUGGUCCUACGACGAAGGAAGAACGAGAGGCAAUUUUCUUGGCGGAAAGAGAAGAAAGAGAAAGGCUUAUGAAAGAGAGUAAACAGAGGAAAGAAGAAUUUCGCAAGAUAGACAUAGAGAGGCCGCGAGAUAAAUGUCCAGAAUUGGUUGAAAUCGAAGAGGAAGCCAGGAAGAGGGCGAAGCAUAUUCUUGAGAGGGCGCAGAACAUGAAACUUGAACAGGAGGAAGAAAUUCAGAAAUGUAAUAGAAUUAUCUUAGAGACAAAAUGCCGGGCUAUUAGGGACGCGCAGAUAGAAGAAAAAAAGCUGAUUGAAAUGGAAUUGCAAGAAGAAGAGAAACGUCUGAACGAUAUGAUGGAAAACGAGAGAAGAUGGGCAAUUAGAGAAGAGAUCAAGAAGGAACAGGAGGAGGCAAUGAGAAGACAAAAAUUCGCUAAUAGUUUGAUGGAGCAAAUAAAGGAGAACGAAGAGAACAGAAUGCUACAUUUCGAAAGGAAACAGGAGGAGAGUCGUCUGAUUAAUUUAAGUAAUAUUGCUUGGCAGCAGGCAGAAAUUGCAAAAUUACGGAACAAAGAAUCAGAAAAUGCACGGGUACGGCAACAGCUGGCCGAGGGGAACGAGCAGUUGAAGCAUUUCAAAGCGAUGGAAGAACAGGAAAAUAAAAUUAUUGAUCUCAGGAUACGAGAGUACCAGCGAUAUAAGGAAGAACAAGAAGCAAAACUAGCGGAAGAAAAAAGAUUGGAGAGAUUACAAAAGGAACAGACCAAAGCAUUAGUUGCAACGCAGACGAUGCAAGCGAGGGAUCUUCAGGAACGCCUCGAUGAGUUGAAUGCUGCUCUCGUCCACGAACAAGUGGAGCGUCAAUGGAGGCAAAAGGAAAAAGAAGAAGCUUUGAAGAAAGCAGAGGCUCAGAAAUCGCUUAUGGAAGAGCGAGAGAAACAAAUAAAUAAUAAGCGAAUAAUGGAAGCGAUUGAAUUAGAACGUGAACGACGCGAAUUCGAGAAGAUCGUGCACGUUCAAAAGGAGUCUUUCUGUCAGGAACAAAAGGAACUCGAAAAGAAACAACGACGGGCUUUAAUUCAUAGAAGCGAAAUAUUAAAACAGGUUUAUUUUUACAUCCAAAAUACUUUGCAUACUUUUUACAUUCACAUUUUUCAGGUAAAUGAGAAGGAGAGGGAACGUAUCCAGACGAGGCAAAGGAUGUUUGAGGAAGGCUUGGCGAUUCGUACGGAAGCUGCGAUACGCAAGAAAAAAUUGCGUGAAACGAUGGAAAGGAAAUGUAAUGAAAUGAAGAAGAACAAUGUGCCUGACAUAUAUAUCAACGAAGUGAAACGACUGAUUGAAAAUAUAGAGUAG